ACCACGCUUCACAGGUCCUGUCUCUCUUCUGAAUGCAACGAAGACUAGACUUCUCUGUUCUCCCCCUCUCCCACUCUAAAUAAACCCCAAACCCUUGCACACGAGAUCCGACCUAUUAGUUGUUACCACUAGGGAGCGAGCGUGAUCUCAUUCUUGAUCGGAAGAAGAGAGCGAGAGCGAGAGAGAGAAGGAUGGAGGAGAAGGGGGAGGAAUCGGAGGCGGAGAGGGAGAAGCCGGCUAUGGAUCCGGAGUUCUGGAGCUGUCUCCUCCAGCCGCAGAUCGGCCACAACGACCCCGACUACGUCGGGAUCCGCCGCCUCCUCCUUCACCGCAAGGCUCAGUCCUCGCCGGCAAUCGAUCUCCGGAAGGAAUGGAGAUGCAAUGGCAGAGGGUACGUGGCGUAUCGGAAUUUCAUUCGUAGGCCAAGGAAUUGGGACAGUUCCGCUAACCAGAGCCAGACGAGUACCCCAGGGAACAGUGGGCGCUGGGCUUCAUCUCCAGGCCCACAGUCUAUUCUGUUUGAGGCAGACAGCCGGAGUUCUAGCAGGUACCAUUUUUUUCCUGAAGGACUUAAGAGUUUCCAGCCAACCUUUUAGCCAUCGUGCAAGUUUCAGCUCGAGCAUAGGUGAUGCUGAGCGUCAGGUUCGAUUCGUUGAACCUGCAUAUUCAUUUGUUGGAAUGCACUGCAUCUUUGACAACUGCAAAGCUUCAGUAACAAUCUUAAAAUUUGGGCAUAUGAGUUCCGAUUUACUUGCAUAUGGUGCAUCAGAUGGAAACCUGACAAUUUGUCAUGUCUCUGACCCACCAUCCAUCCUUCAGCAAUUAAGAGGACAUUCAAAAGCCAUCACAGAUUUUGAUUUUUCAUCUAACAAUCAGUACAUUGCUUCAUCCUCAAUGGAUAAGACUGUCCGAGUCUGGGAAAUAUCUAAAGGUCACUGCAUUCGAGUAAUAUAUGGAGUUUCUUCCCAAUUAUCCAUUCGCUUCCACCCGGUGAAUAACAACUUGUUUUCAGUUGGCAAUGCAAACAAAGAAAUCAAUGUUAUCAAUUUUAGCACCGGUCGGGUUAUUAACAAACUUCUCUUUGAGAAUGAAAUAACAGCUAUGGAUAAUGAUCAUACUGGUCAGCUUAUUUUUGCUGGCGAUGGACAGGGAUGCAUAUACACUAUUAGCAUGAACUCCCAUACAGGGUCCAUAUCCAGAUCCCAUCGUAAUAGGAGUAGCAGGAGCAAAUCUCCAAUCACAACUGUGCAGUAUCGUACUUUUUCUCUUGUGGCACGAGGUCCUGUACUUCUUAUAUGUUCUCAAGAUGGAAACAUUUAUUUCUUCAGUGUUGCCUUGGAGGUGCAAGGGUAUUUGACUCUUCUGUGCUCUCUCAAAUUAUCUCCCCGGGUGCACAGUAUUCGCGCUUCUUUCUGCCCUCUACUUUCUCUUGAAAAAGGGGAAUUUAUAGUUUCUGGCAGUGAGGAUUCAAAUGUUUACUUCUAUGAUUUAACUCGGCCAAAGCACACAUGCGUAAAUAAGCUGCAGGGGCAUGGUUCUUCAGUUAUAGGAGUUGCCUGGAAUCAUGGGGAGAACUUGUUGGCCUCAUCGGAUUCAGAUGGAACAGUGAUUGUUUGGAAGCGAGCAAAGACAACUUGACUCUUCUGUGCACUGCCCUGGAAUCCUAUUGAUCAAUGCAGCCAAACAUGGCAAUAAUCACAGAGACAAGUUGACAGCAUCAUUGCAAUAGCAUAUCCUUUCUGUAAUCUGCACAGGUGUCGUCUGGAAAAAUUAAUUGCAAUAGCAUAUCCUUUCUUUAAUCUGCACAGAUGUGGUUUCUAAAAAUGACAGCUUCAAUUUUUCAGGUCAAGCCUUAUGCCUAUAGGUAACCAGAGUACGGAAAACUUAUCUUGGUAUUUGUUGUUGUAUAAUUUUUUUUUUUUCUGUCCUCUUAUUUUGUGUUGCUAUUGGGGUUUUUUCAAUUUUAGUAUUGUAAAGAACGUCUAGUAUUGAAUACAGUGGAAAGAAUGGUUUAGACAAACUUCAACAUUUUUACAACUUCAUGCUGUUUGUUCUAGUGCAUAUCACCAGUCACUAGCAUCAAACAUGAGCACGUCAACUGGAUAUUGUUCUCCCUUUUUGGUUCAGGCGUAUUUUUGGUAAAUAAAGGACAAGUCGUUGUU